GUUAAUUCUUAUCAUCGACAAAAUGGAGAGCCGGCCAGCUAGCUCGCGAUCCUGGUUACCAAACUUCCUUAGGAAAUCUAAGCUGUUUGACUCCGAUUCUCCACCAAGUGAGCGAUCCCCCUUGCUACCGCGGACCGAGGAUGAGUGGGGUACUGGCGAGUCUUACGAGCUCGAAAAUGGAGACGAGACGAAGUUCCAGCUUAUCCUCCAGGAGUUUUGGGUUCUCCUAAGAGGGUCGAUACCGGUUAUUCUUGCCUACACACUUCAAAAUUCGCUCCAGACCGUGUCUGUUCUGAUCGUUGGACGACUCUCGCCGGAAGCUCUUGCUACUGCCGCGUUCUCCUAUAUGUUCGCCAUGGCAACGGGAUGGCUUGUUGCUCUCGGAGGAACAACGGCAAUUGACACUCUUGCAUCUGCAAGCUUCACUGGAAGCAGAAACCGCCACGACCUGGGCAUCAUUCUCCAGCGGUCUUUUGUCGUCCUCACUCUAUUCUACUUACCCGUCUCUAUCUUGUGGGUUUGUGCGGAGCCCGUUUUCAAAGCCCUUGGUCAAGAGGACUAUAUCGCGCGGGAUUCAGCAAAAUUCUUGACUGUCCUCGUCCCUGGUGGUAUUGGCUAUAUCUACUUUGAGGCGUUAAAGAAGUACCUUCAAGCCCAAGAGAUUAUGAGGCCUGGGACAUACGUCCUCUUGAUAAGCUCCCCAUUAAGCGCUGGCCUGAACUAUCUCUUCGUCUAUACCUUCGAAAUUGGGCUCCUUGGUGCGCCAAUCGCAACGGGUAUUGCAUAUUGGAUAUCCUUCUUUCUUCUCCUUGCAUAUGCCCGCUUCAUUGAUGGGUGGGAGUGCUGGGGGGGUUGGAGCCGCAAGUGUCUACAAAAUAUGUGGACAUUUGCACGCCUCGCAUUUCUUGGAGUUAUCCAUGUGGGUACAGAGUGGUGGGCAUUCGAAAUUGUAGCCCUCGCAGCGGGGAAACUCGGGACAAUACCACUCGCGGCACAGAGUGUUAUCAUGACCACAGAUCAGGUCAUGAACACCAUUCCUUUUGGUGUUGGUGUCGCUACUAGUGCACGUGUUGGCAACCUCCUCGGGGCACGCAACGCGAAGGGUGCGGCAAGAGCAGCAAACACGGCAGCUGUUCUCAGCAUGGUGCUUGGAGCGGCUGUUCUCGCCGUUCUCAUGGGCGUUAAGGAUGUCUAUGCGAAAAUAUUCAACGACGACGUUCGGGUUAUCAGACUAACUGCAGAAGUCAUGCCAUAUGUUGCGUUAUUCCAGAUUGCCGACGGGCUCAACGGCAGCUGCGGCGGCGCACUCAGAGGGAUGGGCAGACAGCAUGUGGGCGCCACCGUGAAUCUUGUUAGUUACUAUUGCGGGGCACUACCUCUUGGUAUCUGGCUUGCGUUUCAUGGCUGGGGUCUAGCUGGUCUUUGGGUAGGGCAAUGCAUUGCUCUGUAUGUGGUGGGGUUCGCCGAAUGGGCUAUCGUCGCAUGGAGCAACUGGGACUAUCAAGUAAAGAAGGCUUUCGAUAGGAUGGACCCUGAAGACAGGGCUGAGAGGGGCGAGUCUGGGGAAGCCGGGUCGAACGAGCACCAAUGAUGAGUAAAGAAAGGCGGGCAAGACGAGACCAUGAUC